CUCAAGAAACUACAAUUCCCAGCAUUCUAGGGGAGCGUCCUAAUGGAAGAUACGAAUCCAGCUAGCCAAUCAGCUCUCUCGCUGUGGCUUCAAAGCGUAAUAAUGGAUUUAGACGGAACGGAAUAGCUGCAGAACGUUGGACGGCCAAUGCGACAGCUAGGCUUCGUUACCAGGGCAACGCACGUGGAUACAGAGGAAAGCGCCAGCCACGUGCUGCCGAGGGCCAUUGACAGCAGCGGGCGGAGACCAGCCAUGGCCCCGCGGCGUAGGCAGAACCGUGCCCGCACGGUUCCCAACCCGGCCGAGGACCCACCGCUAGGCCCAGAGGAGUCUGCUUCGACCUUGGACGAGGAGUCGGAGCGGCUGGAUGACUUGCGGGAGGCGGCCGGCCGCUGCGGACCGCGGGGCCCCGGCUCGGGCGGCAAGGGCCGCAGCCGCCUUGAGAGGGAGCAGCACACCAACCGGGCCGUGCCCGCUGGCCACGAGCGCAAGAUCGCCACCAAGAUUCGCGCCAGCCUCGCCAAGCGGCGCCGGAAGGAGCAGAAGACGGCCGGGGCGCGGGCCAAGAGACCGGUCAAGGCUAAGGCUGCAAAAAAACUGACUGUCGACAACCUUGGUCUGUAGCUGAAGAAACUUCUACCGGGAUCUGCUGUACUUCGGGAUCUCUGCUCCUGAGUCCCCCUAGCCCUGUAAACAACUGCCAGGCUCCCUCCAAGAAACGUGCACCCUGUCUGUUCAAUAACACCAAAAUGUAGGGCACUUGUCCAGCAUCUUCUUGUGUUACUGUAUCCCAUUUAUAUUUUUAUUUAAUGAAUUCAUUU